GUUGGUACUGAGUUCAUUCGUAGUGUUAGUGGAAGAGAGAGGAAGAGGACUAACAUUGGUAUGGAGCUGAUAAUAGAACCACAAGUAUUGUUCCUUGAUGAACCAACCACUGGACUGGAUGCAUUCACUGCUGUAGCUGUAGUACAGCUGCUUAGGAAUUUGUCAAGGAACAGUGAGAGGAUUAUUGUCAUGUCCAUCCACCAGCCGAGAUAUUCCAUUUACAAACAGUUUGACUCUCUCACUCUUCUCUCCCAGGGGAACAUGGUCUAUCAUGGAGCAAUAAAGGAGACACUUCCAUAUUUUACUAACCUUGGGUAUUUUUGUGAGGAGCAUGACAAUCCUGCUGACUUUCUACUUGAUGUUACUAAUCAGUGUGAAGGACUGACAUCAGCCACUGCAAGUACAAAAAUAAAUAAUAAUAACUAG